ACAAUUCCUAAUGAAAAAAAAUCAUUUUCACAAAAAAAAAACCUUGUUUCCUCAUAAAAUGCAUUGCAAUCAUUAUCUUUGAGUUAGGUCCAGUUUGGAGUUUUUGUUCUGAAUAACUAUUAUUUCUCCCUUAAUAAAUAAUAAUAUCUUCAUCAUAUAAUAAUUUUUUUUGGAAGAAAUUUAUCCCACCUACACCACUUUCUUUCAAGCACAAGAAAAACUGUAAAACCUAGCACUGACACAAUGAAAAGAGAAUAGUAAAAAAAAUGAAAUUUGCUCUUCUGUGGUGGUUAAGUGAAAAAAAUACCAGUAUUGUUGACAUAAGAAAAAUAACGGCAAAAUUCCGAAAAGUUGAUCAAAUCGUAACUUUGAAGUGGGAGGAUAAAAUUAAAAAUACUAAAACAUUAGAAAAAGCAAAGAUUUUAGCAUUGGGUGUAAAUCGCAAUGAACUGGAGGAAAUAAAUGUAGACUCUGAUGGAAAAAUCUGCGAUAAAAACCAAAAAAUAUUUCCUCUGUGUAUUAUAGAUGAAAAAUACAGAAUUAGCAGUAGAAAAAAACACGAGAAAGCGGUGAAAAAAAUGAAAGUAUAAGCUUUGCAAAAAAAAUUGAGCAGGACAAACCGCUUUUUAAUAUGCCUUCUGUAAGUUUUCAUAAAAAACUUUCAAAUGCACUGCCAUCAACAUCAUCAUCUGACUCCAACGAUUUUGUGAAAAGCUAUAGCCUUAGUGAAUUCAUUGAUUUAUUAUCGGCUGAUUCAGACGAAUCAUCUAGUAGUAAUGAAAAUGAAACGUAUCAUAAGAUUAAUGAUACGCCUACAACUUUAGCGGAAACUUUUCAAAUCACUCAGCUAUUUCCAACCGUUACAAAACGAUAUUUAGAACACUAUCGAAAUAUUUUGAAGCUGAUGGAGACAGCAUAUGAGAUCCAAGUCAAAAAUGGCUACUGUAUGGAUGAAAUUGAUGAGGUCGCAGAUGGGCACACAAAACCUAGACAUGUUAGAGUAGAAAUUAUAAAAGGUUCUAAUGUUUACAUGGAUAAGACGACAAAACACUUGAUAGAAGCCCUAUCAAAGAUUUGUAAAGAAAAACCUGAUGAUGAAUGGAGACAUAUUGUACGAUUGGCUCUUUUUGAAAUUUAUGGAAAUUCUAUAAAGAAUUAUUCUAGGACUGGAGUAAAAAGUUCAAAACCUGGGAUAAACCCCACUGCUUUAAAAGGGAUUUAUGCAUGGGCUUAUAGUCGAAUGACUGCUGACCGUACGAUUCAAUGGAAAAAAUACGUUAACUACGUAAAUUCGACUAGCGACAAUAAAUAAAGAGUCACGAAACGAGAUAACAACCAUUUUAACGUUGGAAUCACUGACAAAAAUAAAACUAAGAAACGAAAAAUUAAUAAAACUAAUUUAAAUGAUGCUGCUGAAAAAUUAUCCUCCACCAAUAAUGGCCCAAUAUCUUCGAGUACUCAUCAAGAAGAGCAGUCAAUUAGUUCAGUUAGCUACAGUCAUCCAGCACCCCAGACACUAUCAACGGCGAAUCAUCAAGAACAUAAUUUACAAAAAACGAUUGAGCAGCCACAAAAUUAUCAUUAUCAAGGUCAUUAUGCCCAUCAUCCGCCCUAUUUCUAUCAAAACUUUUAUCUCCAGAAAAGUUCCUAUUCCUCUACACCUUUUAUUAAUAACCACCAGCCUAAUUACCCUCAACAAAACUCCCAAAUUCCUAGAUACAAUACUAAAUACUCACAUUAUUCUCACAAUCAUAACCAAUAUCCACAAACGAUUCCUCAAAAUCCUGUUAAUUCUGAGAUUCAACCAGCUCAUCCCGCCCAUUCUUAUAAUCCGUCUUCUUCAAUAAUUAACAACAAUGAUCAAUCUGUAAUAGGUAAUGAGUCAGAAAAUAACAUUGUAAUUCAAUCCCUUAA